UCUGUACAAGGACGUCAUGAUGGAGGAUCACCGGCCCCUCAUAUUACCAGUAAAGGAAGAGAUAAGAACACCGGAGAGAUGUCCCAGUCCUCUUUUUCCACAGGAUAAUUCAGAAGAACAUCACUAUGUCCUACAGUAUGGUCAGGUAGUUGGAGAUAAGGUCAUCAAGAUGGAGGAUCACCGGCCUUGUACAUCACCAGUAAUGGAAGAGAUAAGAACACCGGAGAGAUGUCCCAGUCCUCUUCUUCCACAGGAUAAUUCAGAAGAACAUGUCCAUGUCCUACAGUAUGGUCAGGUAGUUGGAGAUAAGGUCAUCAAGAUUGAGGAUCACCGGCCUUGUACAUCACCAGUAAAGGAAGAGAUAAGAACACCGGAGAGAUGUCCCAGUCCUCUUCUUCCACAGGAUAAUUCAGAAGAACAUCACUAUGUCCUACAGUAUGGUCAGGUAGUUGGAGAUAAGGUCAUCAAGAUGGAGGAUCACCGGCCUUGUACAUCACCAGUAAAGGAAGAGAUAACAACACCGGAGAGAUGUCCCAGUCCUCUUCUUCUACAGGAUGGUUCAGAAGAACUUUACAAUGUCCCACAGGAUGGUCAGCUUGUGAAUCCGGGUGAAGAUCUGAACAAUAUUAAUCCUACAGAAACAUAUGUCAGGGGUGAUGAGCAGAGGACAGAGGACAUUCCUACAGAUAACCGCCCAGAUGACUGUACGAGGAACUCAGAGAAACAUCUGGUAUCUUCAGAUUUUGAAGUAGAUGAUUGUGGUAUCACACGAGAUACAUUUGAAGAGCAUGCCAAUAAGCAAGAUAUACCCUCAUCCAAUCAAAGCAACAAUGCAUCAUUUGAUUAUUUUAAACAAGUCCGAUCUUCUAAUUCAUCACAGUCUGUAACACAGAAUAAAAGUCACAGAAGAGGUGCUAAACAUCAAACAGCUCAUGUAAGAGGAAAGACAUUUUCAUGUUCAGAAUGUGAAAAAUGUUUUAGAUUUAAAUCAGCUCUUGUUAUACAUCAGAGAAAUCACACAGGAGAGAAGCCAUUUUCAUGUUCAGAAUGUGGGAAAUGUUUUAACCAUAAAUCAGAUCUUGAUACACAUCAAAGAGUUCACACAGAUGUGAAGCCAUUUUCAUGUUCAGAAUGUGGGAAAUGUUUUAAACGUAAAUCAGAUCUUGAUACACAUCAGAGAGUUCACACAGGAGAGAAGCCAUUUUCAUGUUCAGAAUGUGGAAAAUGUUUUAGGAUUUAUGCUUAUCUUGUUAUACAUCAGAGAAAUCACACAGGAGAGAAGCCAUUUUCAUGUUCAGAAUGUGGGAAAUGUUUUAACAGUAAAUCAAAUCUUGAUACACAUCAGAGAGUUCACACAGGAGAGAAGCCAUUUUUAUGUUCAGAAUGUGGGAAAUGUUUUAAGCAGAAAUCCUAUCUUGUUAUACAUCACAGAUGUCAUACAGGAGAGAAGCCAUUUUCAUGUUCAGAAUGUGGGAAAUGUUUUAAACGUAAAUCAGAUCUUGAUACACAUCAGAGAGUUCACACAGGAGAGAAGCCAUUUUCAUGUUCAGAAUGUGGGAAAUGUUUUAACCGUAAAUCCAAUCUUGUUAUGCAUCAGAGAAAUCACACAGGAGAGAAGCCAUUUUCAUGUUCAGAAUGUGGGAAAUGUUUUAAACGUAAAUCAGAUCUUGAUACACAUCAGAGAGUUCACACAGGAGAGAAGCCAUUUUCAUGUUCAGAAUGUGGGAAAUGUUUUAACCGUAAAUCCAAUCUUGUUAUGCAUCAGAGAAAUCACACAGGAGAGAAGCUAUUUUCAUGUUCAGAAUGUGGGAAAUGUUUUAACCAUAAAUCAGUUUUUGUGAUACAUCAGAGAAAUCACACAGGAGAGAAGCCAUUUUCAUGUUCAGAAUGUGGGAAAUGUUUUAAAUGUAAAUCAGAUCUUGAUACACAUCAGAGAGUUCACACAGGAGAGAAGCCAUUUUCAUGUUCAGAAUGUGGGAAAUGUUUUAAGCAGAAAUCCAAUCUUGUUAUGCAUCAGAGAAAUCACACAGGAGAGAAGCUAUUUUCAUGUUCAGAAUGUGGGAAAUGUUUUAACCAUAAAUCAGUUUUUGUGAUACAUCAGAGAAAUCACACAGGAGAGAAGCCAUUUUCAUGUUCAGAAUGUGGGAAAUGUUUUAAACGUAAAUCCUAUCUUGUUAUGCAUCAGAGAAAUCACACAGGAGAGAAGCCAUUUUCAUGUUCAGAUUGUGGGAAAUGUUUUAACCAGAAAUCCUAUCUUGUGAUACAUCAGAGAAAUCACACAGGGGAGAAGCCAUUUUCAUGUUCAGAAUGUGGGAAAUGUUUUAACCAUAAAUCAAAACUUGUUAUACAUCAGAGAUAUCACACAGGAGAGAAGCCAUUUUCAUGUUCAGAAUGUGGGAAAUGUUUUAACCAGAAAUCAGAUCUUGAUAAACAUCGGAGAAUUCACACAGGAGAGAAGCCAUUUUCAUGUUUAGAAUGUGGGAAAUGUUUUAACCAGAAAUCAGCUCUUGAUAAACAUCGGAGAAUUCACACAGGAGAGAAGCCAUUUUAAUGUUCAGAAUGUGGGAAAUGUUUUUUUUUUUUUUUUUAAAACAAUUUUUAUUUCGGAAAGAUGAGCAAUGUACAAUCAAUACAUCACAUGUAUUACUGGUGCACGCAGGCAUGAUCGACAAAGGUAAAAUUAAAGCACAUUGGACACAUAUGAAGAUAUUUCCGAAUUUUCCAUUUUCUUUUAUAGAGUCCCCCUUAGAUAAUAAACAGACCCACCCUCCCCCCCCCCAACUUACAAUGUCAUGACAAUGUAUCCCAGAAGUACUCUCAGGCAAUUUACUUCCAAGUCAUUAUAGCAUAAAGAACUGAACGGUGCCAUAUAUUAACGUCCCCCACUUUUAGGCCCUAGAUUACCUCUAAUCCGUCUAACGUCCCCUUCAAUUUCCCUUCUAGGUACCAUCGUGUGUGCACGAAGGGCAUGACUACCUCUGUUUUUUCUUCUAUUGUCAGCGAAUGCACUAUAAACUUUUUCCAUGUACUGAAAAAUUGUUUUGCAGACCUUUCUUUGCUAUGUUCCACCUCCAGUCUGU